GUCGCGGUUGCUGUCUUCACGCUUCCGAGGACACAUGGAAGCAGGAAAAGACGCUCUGUCAGACCUUUAUUUCCAAUCUCCGGAAAGAAACAUGUCUCGUUUUGUGUUUUCUGUUGUGAACUCAUGACCCUGUUAUAGGUCUAUCUGUUCUACACGUUGGCACUGAAACUGGCACUGGAUACUUCUGAGAUCAGUACUGUUCUGCUCCUUGGGGCACUUGCGAGGAGGUUUGUGCAGGAAAGGGUGCUGUCACACUUCUGUGUCCCUCUACAUUUGUGCUUAGACUGUUACAGAAUGUCACAGGUUCCUGUGUGAAAGAGCUCACACCCAGCUUGGUAGAACAAGAUGGAUCAAGAAAAGCGGGACAGGUUAUCCGAGUUGGUGGAGGAGUUGACUACUUCUGGAGAACCACAGCUGAAUCAAGCAAAAAUGAAGGAAGUGAAGAUGAUUUGCAAGCUUUCCAAUGAUUACAUUGAUCACUUCUAUCACCUCGUCAUGACCCAGCUAAAUCAGGACCAUGCUGAGGUUCGCUUCUCUGCCUUCCAGAUGGCUACUGAACUUUUCAGCCGUUCUCAUCACUUCAGAGCUCUCUUGGUAACUAACCUGCAGGAGUUCCUGGAGCUAACGGUAGAGACAGAUGUUGAGCAGCCGUUGCCUCCCCCGAAAGAGGUGGCCAGGAAGCUGAAGACACAAGCCAUCCAGACUGUCCAGGCUUGGCAGUCCACUUAUGGGGAAGCCUACAAGAAGCUGGCUUUGGGUUAUCACUUUCUGAAGCAAGUUAAAAAGGUAGACUUUCAAGAUGUUGAAGCAAGAACACUGGCUGAGCGAAGGAGACAGGAGGAAAAACAGCAAAGACUGGAGAGAAUUUAUAAGGGAAAGCUUGAGAAAGCCAAGCAGGAGAUGGAAGAAAUGGCUUCCGAGAUUGAGGAAUCUCUGACUGAAAUGAACAACUGCAUGACAUUGAUCAUGCCAGACAGUUUCAAUUUUUUUAGCUCAGAGCUGCCGGCAGUCAGUGAGAAGACCACUGAUGUUAGCACUGAGCGUCACCAAGACACAGAAGUCUGGGAUGAACAGCCUUGCUGCAGCAAAGACCUCAGCAAAGAGGGUGGGAGGGUGGCAGAGGUAUCUAAAGGUGAAGAGGAAAAAGAGGACUCCAGUGGCGAGAGUGAUAUGGAGGAGGGUGUGAACGAGGAUCUGUUUAUCCGUAGCUCUGGGCUGAUGUCCCGCAACUAUCGGCUCGAUCUGAAUGUGUCCUCAGAUCUGAAAGUGAAAGAGACUGAGGAGAAUGAAGCAGUAGUAAACACCAUGAGAGAUCUGCACAGACUCAUCAGUAGUAGAUACCUCCCUGCCAUCCAGUCCUGGAUUCAGGUUUUUACAAAAGUUGGUGUGGAGGAGCAGCUGAUGAGAAGAGCCACUGACCUCAAAAAAUCUCUUGAGAAGGUUUUGAGGACACAUGAUGAGCUUCAUAUAGACUACAAAGCAAGGCAGAGAAGAGUGUUAAAGGCUGGAGAGGAGGAGGAUGAUGAUGAUGAUGAUUUUGAAGAGGUGCCGGAGAAGGAGGGUUAUGAGCCACAUAUCCCCGAGCAUCUGCGGGCUGAGUACGGUCUUGAUUCGAUAUCUUCUCCAUCCUCCUCUGUGGCUGAACUAAAGCCAUCAGAGCUAGUGGACAGACCUGCAGCUCCACCCAUGCCCUCAACUCUCAGCCGGCUUCAGAGCAGGCUAUGUGAAGAAGAGCAGGACCCUACAUGUGCAGCUGCCACACUGCGUGUCUUAAAAGAGAAAAUGACCACGGCAACAUCUACAAGUGUGUCUGGAGGCUCUGCUAAACCCACCACGAGCUGCAGUAAACAGGGGGAGGAGAUGGAAAAAGCUCCUGUCAUUCCCUUUGGUCUGGACCUCUACUACUGGGGAGAGGAGCAACCUACAGCUGGCAAGAUCGUCAAGUACACCUCUCAGCACCAGUUCUGGGUGCCUCACGAAGUGGAGGAGGAGGUUGACAACGAAGAGCUGUCUGCACAGAUGAAGUCCAGGUACAUUACCUUUGCUGGACGUUUCCAACCUGUGGAGCACAAGUGCAAAGCCCCAAUGCCCAACGGCUCAUUGUGUGAACGACAGGACAGAGUCAAGUGUCCAUUCCAUGGCUUAAUAAUUCCUCGGGAUGAGAUUGGGAGGCCAAUUAAUCCAGAAGAUGCAGUUCGUCUGGAGAAGGAAGAGCGUAAACGCAGAGAGGAGCAGCCAGACUGGCGAGAUCCAGAGCUCAUGAGGGACAUUGAAGCAGCUACGGGUGAGGAUCUGGGCUCUUCUAAAACAUAUGGAAAGGGUAAAAAGACUGGGAAAGGAAAGGGAAAGAGAAGGAAACAUCCCAACCUCACAGACCUGAAGCAAAGUGCCAAUACGUCCCGCUCAAGGCUAGAAAGGAAGGUCUUUAAUAAGAGCUCCAUGAGACGAAUAGCGGAGGUCAUGAACAAGAUGGACACAAGGAAGCAUGAGAAAUUCGCAAACCAGUUCAACUAUGCAUUAAAAUAAGAUUCAGGAUAUUCUCCUGUUCUCAAAACUGUGAUCUCAACACUACUGAAGUGCAAAAAUAAGCUAAUGGUUCUAUUUCUAAAAAUGUGGCAUUAAAUAAUAUUUAACCUUUCUUUAUAUUGUGUUGUAAUAAUGUAAUUUAUGAUUUUGCAGACCUUUUAAAUAUUUGACUAUAAAAUUAUGCUGUUUGUGAUUUUUUUUUUUUUUUUUUCCUCCGGAAAAAUGUAGCAAAGGUUACCCAUGAAAUUACUUUUUUGUUUUUUUAAAUGCCCAUGAUGUGACUUGGGGUUCUAAGAUAUUUUAUUGAAAUUUGUAAUAAGCUGGAUGUUUUGUAGUGCUAUUUUUAUUCAAAUGGUGCAUUUAAAUGGUGAAAUUUGUAUCACUCUCUUUUCAUGUAGGUAUAUUUGUUCUUUUUAAUAAGUAAAAAAAACUGACAAGCAAAAAACAGUUGUUU